GGGAAAUGGUUAGUUGUAGGAAGGCAGACCUCCAUUGACAUUUUGAGUUUAGUAUCUCUCUUCUCUUUCUUCUCUUUCUUCAGAUUUUCAGUGUAGAGAAGAGUUGAGAAUACUAACAUGGGAUGCUCGUUUUCGGGCCUGAAUUCACUCUACGAUGCCGCCAACAGUGGCGGAGAUGUCUGGAUCAAUGAAAAUCGAUUCAGAGUCGUCAGGCAGCUUGGAGAAGGUGGAUUCGCUUAUGUUUAUCUCGUCAAGGAGGUACGAAACGAAUCAGCUACAGCUUCCGACGGUGGAAUCUCCAAGAAAUUCAAAGGCUCCUCUCAUGUCUCUGAUGAUGGAACAUAUGCGAUGAAGAAAGUUCUUAUCCAGAACAAUGAGCAGUUAGAUCUGGUUAGAGAAGAAAUACGUGUUUCGUCUCUCUUUAACCAUCCUAAUCUGCUUCCACUUCUUGAUCACGCUAUCAUCGGAGUUAAGCCUACCCAAGAAGGAGCAUGGAAAAAUGAAGCUUACUUGUUGUUUCCAGUUCACUUAGAUGGAACAUUGUUGGACAACACCAAUGCUAUGAAAGCUAAGAAGCAAUUUUUUUCUCCCACAGAUGUUCUUCAUAUAUUUAGACAGCUUUGUGCAGGACUCAAACAUAUGCAUAAUUUGGUUCCUCCAUAUGCACAUAAUGAUGUCAAGCCUGGUAAUGUGCUUCUAACACAUUUAAAAGGCCAGCCACCUUUGGCUAUUAUGAUGGAUUUUGGAAGCGCAAGACCUGCCAGGCGAGAAAUACGCUCUCGUUCAGAGGCAUUGCAAUUGCAGGAAUGGGCUUCUGAACAUUGUUCAGCACCUUUUCGAGCUCCUGAAUUGUGGGAUUGCCCAAGCCACGCAGAUAUUGACGAAAGGACAGAUAUCUGGUCACUAGGAUGCACCUUAUUUGCAAUCAUGUACGGUGCAUCUCCAUUCGAAUACGCUCUCGGGGAAUCUGGAGGCAGUUUGCAAUUGGCUAUAGUGAAUGCUCAAGUGAAAUGGCCAACCGGACCUAACCCUCCAUAUCCCGAAGCCUUUCAUCAGUUUGUGACAUGGAUGCUCCAGCCCCAACCAACUGUUCGUCCACGGAUAGAUGAUAUCAUCAUUCACGUCGACAAGCUGAUCGCUAAAUUCUCGGGCUGAAUACAGAAUCUAUAUCAUGGUUAUCAGUAUUAUGUUCCGGUAAUUUGCAACAUCUAUAUUAUUAUUAUUAUUGUGACAUUUUGGUUUUAUUCAAUUUUUGUUUUGUUUAUGGUUAAAUUAAACCCUGUGAGAAAAAAUAGCAGCCUUUAUUGAUUAUAGGGUUGGGAUUUUAGUUAGAGUAGUGCUUCAUAUUGUAAUCUUUAAAUUAUGAUAUUUUAUGUUAUGUGACUUGUGAACUGGCUAUAGAGAUUAUUCAAAAUAAAUUAUUUCUAUUGUGGAUGGUUGUGGGAAAUA